AUGGUGAUGGCGGAGCCGGAGGAGACCCCGAGACCCCAGAGGCCGUCGGCGGGCGGUGGCGCCGUCGCCGUCGAGCCGUCCCCGCCCGCGGCGGCGGCGCCUCGGUGGCUGACGGUGUGGUGCAAGUCGCUGGUGUUCCGCGGCGACGGGUACGCGGUGUUCGACGACGCGGACGGCCGGAUGGUGUUCCGCGUGGACAACUACGGCGUCGGCCCGGGAAGCAUGGCGCUCAUGGACCACGCCGGCCGCGUCCUCCUCACCGUCCGCCGCCGCCAACGCAAGAUUCUGAGCUUGAUGCCGGAGACAUGGGAGGUGUACAAUGGCGACGUCGACGACGACUCGAACUCGAACGACGGCCACAGUGAGCCGCACCUCAUGAUGAGAGCCAUCAAGGACCUGGGGAGGUCCAGCUGCACCGCCUCCGUGCUUGCCGUGGACGAGCCAGAACUCUACCGCCUGAGCUGGUCCCGGCAGGAGGAGUGGUCGAGGAUCCACCGUCGCAGCUCCACCAGCGACGAGACGCUCAUCGCCGAGGUGCGGCGGAAACGAGGGGGGCCAGAGAAGGCGACAUUGCUGGGCAAGGACGUGCUGUCGCUGGUGGUGCAGCCGGGGAUGGACCUUGCCAUCACCAUGGCCAUGCUCAUGAUCUCCAACUCGUACCGAUGA